UCUAUAGUCUUGCCAAAUAUAAUAUCCCAAGACUCAUCUGUCAUCACAUAAAGCUAGAUUUGUUUCAUAGCUAGUGCUCAUAAUGGAAAUGGCUGAAGAGGCUGCGUUAGGAACCGCUUUUGGACUUCUAAUUCAAGCAAUUCUGACUGCAAAAGAAAAGGCAAUUUUCUUCAGGAAAACCCUUCAAAAUCUCCAGGACACGAUUGAGAAGGUGGAUCCGAUCAUUCGUGAAGUCCUGAAGUUGGAAAAUGCUCCUACUGAUGCAUGCAGUAGGUUUGUCCAGCUGUUGGAGAAAGCAAAGAUACUUGUUGAAAUGUACUCGGACAUGAAGAAGUGGAAGCUUCUCAAGAAGCGGAAAGUCAAGAAGCUGAUUCAAGAAAUCGAUGCUUCUGUUCAAAGGCUUAUGAUGCGGGAUUUACAAGCUGAACAAUUGCUCUACCUUGCCCAAAUGAACGAGAAAAUGGAUCACGUGAUCGCCUUGUUUGGGAAUAGUGAUGCAACCAAUGGAGAAGAAUUCCAUAAUAAGAUUGCAGCCAAUGGCAGCUCAUCAAAGCCUGAGACUGGGACUGAGAAUGAAGGUAAUAAGCCAUCCAGUCCUACAUUUGAAAUGCGCUGGAAAAUGAGGAAGGGAAAAUGCUUAGAAAUUCGCUUGUGGUAGUUGCUUUUCCAAGUCUACAGGUCCAAUAAUGGGCUUAUCAUAUGUCCUGGUAUUUUUCUUUGUAGUUGUAGGUUCACUUUUCUCGUCAAUGAAAGUGUGUAGAUAUCUGGGUAAUUCCACAAAUGUGGAUUACUGUGAAUCCUGGAAACUAGAAUUUUACCUAAUAAAAUUCAUUUCAUUUCUUUUUUUUU